AUGUAUUUUCCGAGUUUGAAACCGUUGAUGAAAGAAAGAACGAUUGAAAAAUGGAGAGAACACGUUAGAAAAAUAAGGAAUCUUCUAGAAGGAAAAGAUUCGGAUUGUAGAGAUUUAAGAAACGCGAGUAGAAAAAUAAGAUACGAUUUGGAAGUGUCGAAAAAAUGGGAAACUUAUUACAAUAAUUUAAAACUUCACGAUCGGAAAAUCGAGAUAGAAUUAUUGAUCGAAUAUGCGGAAACGAUACUUCCGAAAAUAGCAAAUGAAAAAAAAUUAAUUGAAGAUGAAAAAUUUCAAACGGAAACGUUUUUGCAAAAAUGCGACAAGUGGUUAACGAUAUGCAUCGAAGGUUUAAAUUGUUUGGAUAAAAAAUUGGAAAAUGAAAUAACGAGAGACGACGAUGCGACAAAUGAAAUUAAAAAUGAAAUAGAACUUUUGGAAAAUAUAAAAAAACGUUUAAAAGAAGAUUGCAUUCUCGCAUGGGAAACCCUAUCGUCACUCGAAGAUGUCGAAACCAAAGUUUCAUUAAAUUUAGAAUUUAAAAAAGACGUUUUGGCAAUCGAAGAAAGAUGUUUGGCCAUUGAAAAAAUGGACACGGGAGUCUCGUUCAAAGUCGAACCUACGAAAGGACCCGAUAAAAUGAUAUCAAUCGAAGAUUGGACCAAAGUCGUGUACGGUCUCGUAGAAAAAGGUUUGGCGGAAAUACAAAAAUCUAGAAAGUUGAGGGAGAGAAUGUCGAGCACGAGAGGAGUGUCGUUGAACGAAUACACAAUACAAUUCGAUAAAACGGAUUACGAAAUGAGAAAAAGAAUUUACGAAAUAAAUAGAGAGAAAAACGAAAGUCAAUAUCAGUGCAUGAAAGUCGAAGAUUUAAUUAAAGUGACAAGUGCGGAAAUUGUAAGAUUGGAAAAAUUUUUAAUCGACGUUAAAAACGAUUUGAAAUGCGCUGAAACUCGAUGUUCAGACAGAUAUUUCAGACCCUCACUCGAAGCGACAGCCGACCCUCCAUUCCACGGUUUAAACAAAGAAGUUGUGAACCUAAAGAAAAAUAUCGAAACCAUCGAAUCUCAUUUGGAUGCAUUAAAAACGUUCCGUACGAAAUUGGAAACGGAUUAUCACAAAUUACAAUUAGAAUGCGAUGCUAAAAAUAAAAGUUUACAGGUACAAGUUCAGGCUUUGGAUAUAAGGAUAGCGGAACGUUACGAUCCUAAAAAAAUCUACGCAUAUAAUCCGGAUGCGCUGUUAUCAAAAAUGAUAACGCAACUUCCGCCCCCGAGUCAUUUAUACAGUUAUAAAUUUUAA